ACUCUGCCUCCUCACCCGCAGAGAUGCCCUGGCAGAGUCCAGAGUCCUGGGGCAGCGUGGAGCCGGGAGCUGGGCUGCCAGGCCCCUUGGGAAGAAACUCAGCAUGGAUUCCAAGGACCUCAGCCUGGCACCUCUGACACAGGACGGCCCUAAGAGCGAAGCUCCGGGUGGAAGGACCGGGAAGGACUGGUCCUGCUGGCUGGUCGUGGCCUCUCUGGUGGGCGCCUUCGGUUCCUCAUUCCUGUAUGGAUACAACCUGUCGGUGGUGAACGCUCCAACCCCGUAUAUCAAGGCCUUUUACAGUGAAGUGUGGGAAAGGCGGUACGGACAUCCCAUAGACCCGGACACUCUGACUCUGCUCUGGUCUGUGACCGUGUCCAUAUUCGCCAUCGGUGGACUGGUGGGGACUGUCAUCGUGAAGAUGCUUGGGAAAGCUCUCGGGAGGAAGUCCACGCUGCUGAUCAACAAUGUGUUCGGGAUUUCUGCUGCAUUGCUGAUGGCUUUUUCUCUCCUGGCGGGAGCCUUUGAAAUGCUCAUCCUAGGACGCUUCAUCAUGGGUGUGGAUGGAGGCAUCGCCCUCAGUGCACUACCCAUGUACCUCAACGAGAUCUCACCCAAGGAGAUCCGUGGCGCCCUGGGCCAGAUGACUGCCAUCUUCAUCUGCACUGGCGUGUUUGCUGGGCAGCUGCUGGGCCUGCCUGAGCUGUUGGGAAAGGAGAGCACUUGGCCAUACCUGUUUGGAGUGAUCGUUGUCCCUGCCGUGGUGCAGCUGGCAGUCCUGCCCUUCCUCCCUGAGAGCCCUCACUACCUCCUCUUGGAGAAGAAUGAUGAGACGGGAGCUGUGAAAGCGUUCCAGACGUUCCUGGGGAAGGCAGAUGUGUCUCGGGAGGUGGACGAGGCCCUGGCCGAGAGCCGUGUGCAGAGGAACCUCCGCCUGGUGCCGGUCCUGGAGCUGCUGCGGGCCCCCGCCGUCCGCUGGCAGAUCAUCACGGUGGGCGUCACCAUGGCCUGCUACCAGCUCUGUGGCCUCAACGCGAUCUGGUUCUACACCAACAGCAUCUUUGGGAAUGCUGGGAUCGCUCAGGAGAAGAUCCCGUACAUCACCCUGAGCACCGGCGGUAUCGAGACGCUGGCCUCCAUCUUCUCGGGCUUGGUCAUUGAGCGCCUGGGAAGGAGGGUGCUGCUCAUCGGUGGCUUCGGGCUGAUGGCACUCUUCUUCGGGAUCCUCACCGCCGCGCUGACUCUGCAGGACCGCGCCCCCUGGGUCCCUUACCUGAGCAUCGUGUGCAUCCUGGCCGCCAUCGCCUCAUUCUGCAGUGGACCAGGUGGCAUCCCCUUCAUCCUGACCGGUGAGUUCUUCCAGCAGUCACAGCGGCCAGCAGCCUUCAUGAUCGCAGGCACCGUCAACUGGCUGUCCAACUUCGCCGUGGGCCUCCUCUUCCCCUACAUCCAGAAAAGCCUGGACUCCUACUGCUUCGUCGUCUUUGCGGCAAUAUGUGUCGCAGGCGCACUCUACUUCUACUUCGUCCUGCCCGAGACCAAGAACAGGACUCACGCCGAAAUCAGCCAAGCCUUUGCCAGGCGGAACAAGGUGCAGGCCCCUGAGGAGAAGCCCGGCCCCGCCACAGAUGACAAGAAGGAGAACGGAACGGCUUCCACGUAGGACAGCUGUGUCAAAAACAGGGUUGUUUGAAUGGAUGGAAAGGUCUCCCCAUUUCAACCAACCAAAGAUCUCCCCACAUUUGGAGGACUCAAACGACCGAAGCCAUGCAAGCCUUUAAAAAUGAGCCUUUCCGAUCUCACACGACUGUCUCUUUACAGCUCAACCUCCCACACGCUUCUGGAAGCUGGAAAGAAUCUCCUUAUGUGUUAGUGGACCAUUUGGGUACCACAGAGGCUGGCCUUCUGUGGCAUUGCUAUGGUUUUGACAGGAAAUUGGGGGAAUAGCAUUGGAUUGUUCUCUUAAAGGACUCUGU